AUGGUCGUGAUUGUGCUUAAGGAAAACCUAUACGAGUGCUGCGAUCCAUAUGCACUAGCAAAAUCUGCGACAUUGGCGGGAGACACAUCGGCGACUUGGCCGCCAGAAAACCCCCAACAGGCUGUGAGUUGGAGGACAGACUAUUUCACUGUAAAAAUGAAAACAAAAAGAGAAGAGCAGGAUGACACUGUAGCUGAGGAGGAGGGAGUCAAGAGGCAGAAGCUGGUCGAGCAGUCCUUGCCUCAGCUUGCAUUUGACAAUCCUCUCCUUCCGCUUGCUUCAUACGACGACGAUGAUGAAGAUGACAUUGAUGGCAGACAAGGUCGGGGCAGGGAUAGGGUCAUAAGUAAUAGUGGGAGAGUAGGGCAAAAUGGACGUGCAUAUGAUGAGGAAGACAGUGAUGAUGAUGAGGAUCAAGGUACAGCAGGAGGCCAAGGACAGCCUAAUCGCAUGGUGGAAGUAAGAAGGGACUGUCCGUAUCUCGAUACGGUUAAUAGACAGGUCUUGGAUUUUGACUUUGAGAAAUUUUGUUCAGUAUCUCUUUCAAAUUUGAAUGUGUAUGCAUGUUUGGUUUGUGGGAAGUAUUACCAAGGAAGGGGACAAAAAUCUCAUGCAUACACUCAUAGUCUUGAAGCAGGGCACCAUGUCUACAUCAAUCUUCGAACAGAGAAAGUUUACUGCCUUCCCGAUGGAUAUGAAGUUGUUGACCCAUCGCUUGAUGGUAUUCGAUAUGUACUUAACCCAAGGUUUACUAGGGAACAAGUUGAGCAGCUUGAUAAGAAUAGACAAUGGUCCAGGGCACUUGAUGGGUCAGAUUAUCUUCCUGGAAUGGUGGGGCUGAAUAAUAUCAAAGAGACCGACUUUGUUAAUGUCACUAUACAAUCUUUGAUGCGAGUUACUCCCUUAAGGAACUUCUUUCUUAUCCCUGAAAAUUAUCAACACAGCAAAUCCUCUCUUGUUCAUCGAUUUGGAGAACUCACACGAAAGAUAUGGCAUGGAAGAAACUUUAAAGGACAGGUAAGCCCACACGAGUUCCUGCAGGCAGUUAUGAAAGCUAGUAAAAAACGUUUUCGAAUAGGAGCACAGUCUGACCCUGUUGAAUUCAUGUCAUGGCUUCUUAACACGUUGCAUGGAGAUCUUAGAAGUUCAAAAAAUGGACGCAGCAUCAUUCACCAGUGUUUUCAGGGAGAAUUGGAGGUUGUGAAAGAGAUCCAUGGAAAAGCUAUCGCAGAAAACAAAGAAAAUGGAGAUGGCCAGAACAAUGGAAAUGAAGAAGAUGGUGGAACCGAAGUGAAUAAAGUUGUCAUGGAUACAAGUAGAAUGCCAUUCUUGAUGCUUGGAUUGGACUUGCCGCCGCCACCUCUUUUCAAGGACAUCAUGGAGAAAAACAUUAUCCCACAGGUACCACUUUUCAACAUACUUAAGAAGUUCGAUGGUGAGUCUGUAACGGAAGUUGUGCGGCCUCGUUUAGCAAGGAUGAGAUACCGUGUUACGAAACUGCCUCAGUAUCUUAUUCUGCACGUGCGUAGGUUUACUAAGAAUAAUUUUUUCGUGGAGAAAAAUCCUACUCUUGUUAAUUUUCCUGUGAAGAAUCUAGAACUGAAGGAUUAUAUUCCUCUGCCUGCACCCAGAGAGAACAGCAAGCUGCGAUCUAAGUUUGAUUUAAUUGCCAAUAUUGUUCAUGAUGGUAAACCCGGUGAAGGAUCAUACAGGGUGUUUGUUCAGCGGAAGUCAGAAGAACUAUGGUAUGAGAUGCAGGACCUUCAUGUGUCAGAGACAUUGCCCCAGAUGGUUGCGCUCUCUGAAGCGUAUAUGCAGAUAUAUGAGCAACAGCAGUGA